GCAAGCUUGUCGGUCAUACAGUCUACAACGUCUGUUUUACUGGAGCUCAAAGCUUGGAAAUGAGUUUACAGGAAAAGAAAGAAAAAACUGAAAGUGGGGAGCAGAUAGUAGAAGUUACUAAAGAUGGAUAUGGAUGCUGUGGCUGGAUACUCAUAAUGGUUUCUUUUCUGUUCACAUUCUGUACCUUUCCAGUCUCCAUCUGGUUCUGCUUCAAGAUUGUCAAUGAAUAUGAACGAGCUGUUAUAUUUCGACUUGGUCGACUAGCAUCUGAAAAACCAAAGGGGCCAGGUCUAUUCUUUGUCCUCCCAUGUACAGACAGUUUUGUGAAAGUUGAUUUAAGAACAGUUACUUUUGAUAUUCCUCCGCAAGAGAUCCUAACAAAAGAUUCCGUGACAGUCACAGUUGAUGGAGUUGUUUACUUCAGAGUCUUCAGUGCCAACAGUUCAGUGAGCAGAAUAACAAAUUUCAAGUCCGCUACCCAAAUGAUUGCACAAACUACUCUGAGAAACACACUGGGUACUAAGAAUCUAUCCCAGCUUCUAUCUGACCGUGAAGAGAUAGCACAAAAUAUGCAGACAUCACUGAAUCAUGCAACAGAAGAUUGGGGCAUCAAAGUGGAGCGAGUGGAAAUUAAGGAUGUCAAACUUCCAGUCCAGAUGCAGAGAGCAAUGGCAGCUGAGGCAGAGGCGGCUCGAGAGGCUAAAGCUAAGGUCAUUGCUGCCGAAGGAGAAAUGAAUGCUUCUCGCGCACUGAAAGAGGCCUCGAUUGUGAUUAAUGAGUCACCAGCUGCCAUACAGCUUCGCUAUCUCCAAACUCUGAGCAACAUUGCAGCAGAAAACAAUUCCACUAUUGUAUUCCCACUGCCCCUAAAUCUAUUACACGGUCUAAUGCAUCAUCAAAAAUAAGAUUCAUUGAGGCACUCCACACUUACACCUGUCAUUUAUGACAUCACAAGUGUAGUCAUUUAAGCUGCUAUCAUGUGCAUCUGUACAGCAAUGAACACGCAAUAAAGUAUUGCUUGAAUUAAAAACUU